CUAUUAUCAUUUUUUUUUUCGUCUUUGUUUUUGUUUUUACAUAUACACCUUUUUAUAUCUAUCUUCUUUAUUAUUAUUAUUAUUAUGUAGCAUUCUUCUUUCAUUCUUUUUUAGUCUUCCAUUUGUUUUAGUUUAUCUAGUGAAAUAAAGAACAUCAAAACAUCAUCUUUAUAGUGGAAUCCAAUCAAGAGGAAUGUUGUCAAUUUGUAUGAUGUAUGAGCCGAUCUUUCUCGCUAAAAGAAAACUGGGGAUUGACAUUUUGCAUGUUUGUUGACGAAACAGGUUGCGAUGAAACGAGGUAGGAGUUUCCAUUAUAUUCUUCCAUUUCUUUUUGGUUUUUUUUAUAUACCCCUAUUCGACUAUGAUCCCCGAUCUUUUAUUUAUAUUUUCCAUCCUUUUUCUUUUUUUCUUUUUUUUUUUAUUGUAUCUGUUUGUCAAAUAUGUAUCUACUCUUAGUAACAUGUCAGUAUUAUC